CAAAAUCACCUCGACCGAUAGAGCUCAUCAUCUCAAAAACAACCAAAUUCAAAGAAACAAAUUAAGAAGCUUUCAUUACCAAGUCAGAACCAUUUUAGUCAUAAUUAGUUUCAAAUUUACAAACUACAAUAUGGCCUCUAUUUCCCAGCUCUUCGUAAUUGUUGCGAUGCUAGCAAUUUUUACUCCUACAAUUUUCGCAACGGAUUUUAUUGUCGGUGACGACAAAGGUUGGACCAUUAAUGUCGACUACCAAGCUUGGGCUCAGGGAAAGCAGUUCUACGUUGGCGAUAACCUUGUUUUUAACUACCCAGUAGGUGUUCACAAUGUGCUGAAGGUGAAUGGAACUGGUUUCCAAGAAUGUGCAGCUCCUGCAGGCACUGUAGCAUUAACAGGUGGGAAAGACGUGAUAAACUUAGCAACCCCAGGGAGGAAAUGGUACAUCUGUGGUGUGUCUAAACACUGUGAAGUCGGACCCCAGAAGCUUUUCAUAACUGUGACGCCAGCUUCCUUUGCUCCCAGCCCAAGCCCUACUACCUCUGCAGCAAGUAUAAGGGGUAAUGGAGCAAGAUAUGGGUGGAUCAUCGUUACUGUUGGCACCAUUCUUGGGAUGCUCAUGGCCUAAUAUUUGAAUUUAGUAUUCUAGUUCUUUUAUUGUUUAUAGCAUUAAAUUAAUUAUUUGCAUAGUUAAAGGUUAUGCAUUAAGCGUGAGUUUAUGAAUUGAUCAGAUGAUACUUCAAUUCAAGUUCAAAUAAUUAUACAAUUUAUA